UAAAUAUCAGUUUAAUAUUAUUUGUUAAAAAAUAAAAUAAUAAUAAAUACGUGAUUUUUUUCGAAAACGCAAAACAUGAUUAAUCCAUCGUGUUUUUUUGUUGGAAAUUUUUUAAUAUUCAUGAUUGGUGUUACUUGGAGUGCUAUUUACCUUGCUGAAAAUAUAAACUCGCAAUUGAAAACAUUACAGUCAUCAAAUUCAUCAAAAACAUUAUCAAAUGUUAAAAAAAAAACUAAUAAUAAAGCAAAUAAUAAUCAAACAAAUACAUUUGGUAUACCAGAAGGAUUACCAUCACUUGAAUCUAGUAAUUAUUUGAAUAAUGAAAAAUUAUCAUCAAAUAAAUAUUCAUCACUAUCAAAAAAUGAGAAAAAAGAUCCUUUAACCAGACGCACGACAGGACAUGAUGUUACAUCAAUUUUAUAUUCAAAUGAAACAUCGAAUGAAAAUUUUACAAUUGUCAAUGGAUAUCAUGAUAAAAAUGAGACUAUUGAAACAAAAAAUGGAUUAGAAAAUUUAAUGUUAGGAUACGAAAAGAGUUUAAAUUUUUCUUCAAACAAUUUAUUGGAAUUUGAUGGUGCUGUCGAUGGAUUUAGUGAGACUACUGCAGUCAAUGAUAGUUUGAAUUUAAAUGGAUCUUUAGAUGCAAUCACACUAAAUAAUACUGAUAAAAAAUUACAUUAUCAAACGUAUUUGAUAGAUACUGAAAAUGGCUUUGUUACUAUAAACACGACAGGAACAUCUGAUACUCAGAUCAAUAUAUCCACAGUGACUGGUCGUAACAUUACCAUUGACUCUGUGGCUACUACAACUAAUAAAGAAAAUAUUAUUCCUGAAAUAAAUAACACUAUGGAAAUUUCUGAAACAUCAACAAGCAUUAAAAAUAAUAAUGAUGAAAAAAUGAUACUUUUUGUUGGACAAAACCAAUCGCUUUCAUCGGAUUUUUUUCAUGAUUCAAUUGAUAAUUUAACGUUACAAGUUACAAGUGAAAAUUAUACUUCAACGUCAACAAAUGAAUCAACGAAUACAGUUGUUUUCGAUGAAGUUUUAUUGUCAAUUGGCACAGAUGAAAUUUCAACAGGAGUAUUCAAUAUGACAACUGAAAAAUAAAAAAACUAAAAUUAAUUGUUUAAUACUUAAAUUCAUUAUCGAGUUCUUAUUAUGAAUAAAACAAAUAACUAUAUUUGAAGUAUUUCGGUUCUUGGUAGUUUAUACUUGGUAUCUCAUUGGUUUGAUUGAAUUCAUUAUAUACAUAAAUUAUACUAGCAUCAAGUUUGUUGAAUCUGAUCAAGGCUCCCUGGCCUCUUUCGCAAUAAUAUAUAAUUUUUCAGUUACUCAAGUCGAGUAUUCUGAUUACUCUGGAAUAUAUAAUAUUUCAAAUUCUAAAUAUUGUUAUGCCUAGUGUUACGUACUCACAAUAUUGUAGCACUUAAAGUAAAUAAUAACUAAAUAAUAUUUGGUCAAUACAGCAGA